UUGACGCUUAGUAAUGGUUUUUAUAGGAUAAUUGAAGAAGAGGAUGUGGGUGUUGAACGCUCGGCUCAGAUCUUCCGCAAUUUCUUGUAUAAAUAUCGUGAUUCGCUGUCAGCUUCAGUUCUGGUUGCUGGAUACGAUGAAUUGGAGGGGGGACAGCUAUAUGCGAUUCCACUCGGUGGUUUUGUAACCCGUCAACGAUGCACAGCGAGCGGGAGUGGCAGCACAUUUGUGCAGGGCUUCCUCGACAGUCAGUGGAAGCCUGGAAUGAGUGUCGAGAAAUGCAAAGAAGUGGUACUGAAUGCGGUAGCACUAGCGACAGUUCGUGACGGGUCGUCCGGAGGUGUAAUCCGGCUUGCUGUUAUCGAUAAAAAUGGCACUCAUAGAACGCUUAUUCGACCGGAUGGCGCUUUGUUCCCGAAAUUUGCUGACAUUCCAGCUCAUCUGACGUAUCCAAAACAUGUGCUGCAAUGA